AUGGCGCGCAGCGGAGGGGGCUGCUGCCCCUCGAUGGAUCUGAUGCGGUCGGAGGCGAUGCAGCUCCUGCAGGUCAUCAUCCCCACCGAGUCCGCGCACCUCGCCGUCUCCCACCUCGGCGAUCUGGGCCUCAUCCAGUUCAAAGACCUCAACGCAGACAAGAGCCCGUUUCAACGCACCUAUGCUGCCCAGUUGCUCUGGCUGCUCCUUGUGCAGAUCAAAAGGUGUGCUGAAAUGGCCCGCAAGCUGCGAUUUUUUAAGGAACAAAUGUCAAAAGCUGGAAUACUAGUUUCUCCUAUGCAAUCAGCCGAAACUCCUCUGGAUUUUGAUGACAUGGAGGUAAAGCUUGGAGAACUGGAAGCUGAACUAACUGAAGUAAAUGCAAACGAUGAAAAAUUACAACGGGCCCACAAUGAGCUACUGGAGUACAAUACUGUUCUUCAAAAGGCUGGUGAGUUUUUCUAUUCAGCUCAAAGAAGCGCUGCAGCACAACACAGGCAAAUGGAAGCAAAUCAAUCUGGUGAGACUUCCCUGGAGAGUCCUCUGUUGGAGCAGGAUAUGUUAACAGACGCAUCGAAACAAGUGAAACUUGGCUCUUUGAGUGGUCUUGUGCCAAAGGAAAAGGCCAUGGCUUUUGAACGUAUCUUAUUCCGUACCACAAGGGGCAACAUUUUGCUCAGACAAGAGUCUGUUGACGAACCUGUCACUGAUCCGCAAUCCGGAGAAAAGGUGUACAAAAAUACAUUUGUCGUAUUCUACUCUGGGGAGAGGGCAAAGGCCAAAAUUCUGAAGAUAUGUGAUGCUUUUCGUGCAAACCGUUACCCUUUUCCUGAAGACCUUGCUAAACAAACACAUACUGUUCAGGAGGUAUCUGGAAAGAUAUCAGAGUUAAAGGCAACAAUUGACAUGGGAUUAGCUCAUCGUGACAGUAUACUCAAAACUAUUGCAUCAGAGUUUGAGCAUUGGAACCAUCUGGCCAAAAAGGAAAAAUCAAUUUACCACACUCUAAACAUGUUGAGCGUUGAUGUGACGAAGAAAUGCUUAGUUGGUGAGGGCUGGAGUCCAGUUUUCGCAGCUAAUCAGAUUCAGGAUGCACUUCAGCGUGCUACUCUCGAGAGCAAAUCCCAAGUUGGCUCGAUUUUUCAGGUCCUUAACACAAAAGAGUCUCCUCCAACAUAUUUCCAAACAAACAAAUUUACCUCAGCCUUCCAGGAAAUUGUUGACGCAUAUGGAGUAGCUAAGUAUCAAGAAGCGAAUCCUGGUGUAUACACUAUUAUCACUUUUCCUUUCUUAUUUGCUGUCAUGUUUGGAGAUUGGGGUCAUGGAAUUUGCAUAUUACUUGCGACACUCUAUCUGAUAAUCCGAGAGAAGAAAUUCGCUUCACAGAAACUUGGAGACAUAAUGGAGAUGAUGUUUGGAGGCCGCUACAUAAUUAUGAUGAUGUCAAUUUUCUCAAUCUACACAGGAUUAAUAUACAAUGAGUUUUUCUCCGUUCCAUUUGAACUUUUUGCUAAAUCAGCCUAUGCAUGCCGCGAUUCUUCUUGUAGUGAUUCUACUACUGAAGGGUUAAUCAAGGUAAGGGAUACUUACCCGUUCGGCGUGGACCCUGUGUGGCAUGGUAGUCGAAGUGAGCUGCCAUUUCUCAACUCACUGAAGAUGAAAAUGUCAAUUCUUCUUGGAGUGUCACAAAUGAACCUUGGAAUUUUUAUGAGUUACUUUAAUGCGAAAUUCUUCAGGAACAGGGUUAAUAUCUGGUACCAGUUUGUUCCCCAGCUGAUCUUCUUGAACAGCUUGUUUGGCUACCUAUCCAUGCUUAUCAUCAUUAAGUGGUGCACAGGGUCAAAAGCAGAUCUGUACCAUGUUAUGAUAUAUAUGUUCCUUAGCCCCACAGAUGACAUGGGAGAGAACCAGUUAUUUCCUGGCCAGAAAACUUUACAGCAAGUUUUGCUUCUACUUGCUCUGGUAUCUGUUCCCUGGAUGCUGAUUCCGAAGCCAUUUUUCUUGAAAUGGGAACAUGAGCGAAGGCAUCAAGGACAUCAGUACGCCAUGCUUGAGGGUGCAGAUGAAUCAGUUGUAGCAGAGUUAGGGGAGCAUAAUGAAGAAUCGAACCACCAUGAGGAGUUUGAGUUCAGUGAAAUAUUUGUUCACCAGCUGAUCCAUACAAUUGAGUUUGUUCUUGGUGCAGUCUCAAAUACUGCUUCAUAUCUUCGUCUCUGGGCUCUCAGUCUUGCACACUCGGAGUUGUCCACUGUGUUCUAUGAUAAAGUUCUCCUUCUGACGUUGGGGUACAACAAUAUUUUUAUCCUUGCUAUCGGUGUCGUUGUCUUCAUCUGCGCCACUGUCGGUGUGUUGCUUGUUAUGGAGACCCUAAGCGCGUUCCUUCACGCCUUGAGGCUCCAUUGGGUGGAGUUCCAGAACAAGUUCUAUGAGGGUGAUGGUUACAAGUUCGCACCAUUCUCGUUUGCUCUAAUCAGUGAGGAUGAAGAGUGA